UGUCCUUUGAUCUUUUCCUCCAUGCUGAAAACAUCAGAAACGAUUCGAUUCCUUAUCAGUGCCGCCGCGAAGUUGAUAAAAGACACGAGCAUCACUGCUCCGGGUGCAUUUUCGCUUCAUUUCUCCAGUUUUUCAUCUUAAAAUCUACAGAAUGACUCGCAUUCUUCCGUGUCUUUUCCUUGUCUUGCUCGCCGCUGCUCCACUUCUAGCCAAUCCAGCUAACCCACUCAAUCUCAAGAAGCAUCACGGUGUUUUCUGUGAUGUCUGCAAGGCUCUCGUCGAGGGUGGAGAGAAGGUUGGAGAUGAUGAUCUCGAUGCAUGGCUUGAUGUGAACAUCGGAACUCUUUGCUGGACUAUGCUGUUGCCGUUGCAUCACGAGUGUGAGGAAGAGCUGAAGAAGGUCAAGAAGGAGCUGAAAAAGGAUAUUGAGAACAAGGAUUCUCCAGACAAGGCGUGCAAGGAUGUUGAUUUGUGCUAAGAAUAAUAAAUGUUUCCUUCAAAAUCAUCAAAAUAUUCUUUCAU